UUGUUGAUGACGUGGACGUGCGAGAGGAAGCGAUCCCCGUAUCCUUCGUCGCUCCGCUCUCCGGUUUCCUUCCGCGCCUCACCUACAGCCGGUACCGAGAACGGGAUCGGUUCGGUCUGCAACUGAACUCGUAAAGUAGCUCCUGGUCCAGGCAGCCAUGGAGACGUGCUCCAACAAGAAGCAGAAGCUGAGCAACGCGGCGGAGAGCUGGGGAAUGCAGCGUGCCACCAACGUCACCUAUCAGGCUCACCACGUCAGCAGGACCAAGCGAGGUCAGGUUGUGGGCACGAGAGGAGGCUUCAGAGGAUGCACCGUCUGGCUCACUGGCUUGUCUGGCGCCGGGAAGACUACCGUGAGCAUGGCCCUGGAGGAAUACCUGGUCUGUCACGGCAUUCCCUGCUACACCCUGGAUGGCGACAACAUCCGUCAGGGUCUGAAUAAGAACCUUGGCUUCAGCCCGGAGGAUCGCGAGGAGAAUAUUCGGAGGAUUGCUGAGGUGGCCCGCUUGUUCGCUGACGCCGGGCUGGUGUGCAUCGCCAGCUUUAUCUCUCCCUACAGCGGGGAUCGCCUGAACGCGAGGAAGAUCCACGAGGCUGCAGGGCUGCCGUUUUUCGAGGUGUUUGUGGACGCGCCGCUGGACGUGUGUGAGCAGAGGGACGUGAAGGGGCUUUACAAGAAAGCCAGAGCUGGCGAAAUCACAGGUUUUACGGGGAUUGACGCUGAAUAUGACAAACCUGAGUCGCCAGAGCUUGUUCUAAAGACUGACUCCAGCAGUGUGAACGAGUGUAUACAGCUGCUUGUUGAUCUGCUUCAGGAGCGGGAUAUUGUGCCCGUGGAUGCUUCUUAUGAAGUGAAAGAGCUCUACGUUCAUGAGAACAAACUGGAUCUGGCAAAGGCUGAUGCUGAGACUCUGCCUGCUGUUGAAAUUGGGAAGGUGGACAUGCAGUGGGUGCAGGUGCUGGCCGAAGGCUGGGCAACUCCGCUGAACGGGUUCAUGAGGGAAAGAGAGUUCCUGCAGUGUCUCCACUUCGACUGUCUGUUAGAUGGUGGUGUGAUCAACCUCUCGGUGCCGAUAGUGUUGCCCGUGUCCACCGCAGAUAAGGAGCGUCUGGAUGGAGUGACCGCCAUGGCCUUGGUUUACGAAGGCCGACGAGUCGCCAUUCUGCGGAAUCCCGAGUUUUACGAGCAUCGCAAAGAGGAGCGGUGUGCACGCCAGUGGGGCACCACUUGCAAGGAUCAUCCCUACAUCAAGAUGGUGAUGGAAAGCGGCGACUGGCUGGUCGGCGGAGACCUGCAAGUUCUGGAUAGAAUCUACUGGAAAGAUGGACUCGACCAGUACAGGCUGACUCCGACUGAGCUCAAGCAGAAGUUUAAGCAGAUGAAUGCAGACGCCGUGUUUGCCUUCCAGCUGCGCAACCCAGUCCACAACGGUCACGCUCUUCUCAUGCAAGACACCCACAAGCGACUGGUUGAACGAGGCUACCGCCGGCCGGUGCUACUGCUCCACCCACUGGGGGGUUGGACCAAAGACGACGACGUGCCGCUGCCCUGGCGGAUGAAGCAGCACGCUGCAGUGCUGGAGGAGGGCGUCCUGGAUCCUGACACCACCAUUGUUGCCAUAUUCCCCUCACCGAUGAUGUAUGCUGGCCCCACUGAGGUCCAAUGGCACUGCAGAGCUCGAAUGGUUGCUGGUGCUAACUUCUAUAUUGUGGGUCGUGACCCUGCUGGUAUGCCCCACCCUGCCACGGGGAAGGAUCUGUACGAGCCGAGUCACGGGGCCAAGGUCCUCACCAUGGCUCCAGGCCUCAUCACCCUGGAGAUUGUGCCUUUCAAGGUCGCUGCCUACAACAAGAUGAAAAAGGCCAUGGACUUCUAUGACCCAUCCAAGCAUCAAGACUAUGACUUCAUCUCGGGCACACGGAUGCGCAAGAUGGCCCGCGAGGGACAGAACCCUCCGGAUGGCUUCAUGGCUCCGAAGGCUUGGACCGUGCUGAAGGAGUACUACAAAUCACUGGAGAAGGCCUGAAGGCCUCCCCACACCCGGGUGGGGUCGGGGGUGUCCAUGAGAACGGUGUGUUCAGGUGAAUGUUGGGACCAUUCAGCUCAUCAAACCUCAUUGCUGUUACUCACCACUUAUGUAACAUUUUUACUGCAAGCGUCUUAUUUGACAAUAGAUGAAACAUUCGCUAUUUAAACAUUUUAACAAGCAAGUAAAGGAGAUGGAUUACUGUUUUAAAUACAUGAAGUGAGAGAUUCACUGUUACCGUUAAACUAAAUGCUGAAACUAUGCUGAAAUUGAUGUGAACGUUGAGUGCCUUUGUCUCAAAAACCUCGGAUGGUUUGCCGUCUUGUUUGAAUUUCAUGUCCAAAUUGUACCACUGUUGUAUCAACGGUCAACUGCUACACAAAAGAAUUUACUUCACAAUAGGCUAAAGUGGAAAUGAGUGUCUUCAUUAUGGUAAAAAAAAACAGUUGGUUUUACCACCUUUUGUUUUGUAUUUAUUCUCUAACACCUUUUUAACCAUUGUUGUGCUGUUCUUUUUAUCCGUUUUUUGUUACACUGAACUAGUUUAAUCUGAACCUUUUCCCUCAGUAGUUCCACACAUAUAUCAAGUCAUGAUGGGAGAGUGGAUUGUCGACAUCCACUGAGCCGAUUUGUAUUCUUCCUUGUCCAAUAAACCAUUUUUACCUAU